UUUCCAAACAAUAUAAGGAGUGGCGCCGCGAGCCGAGCCAGCGCAGUCUAAAGGUGGCCGUUUCUUCGACGCGGAACAAGAUACCGUGGGGUUAUUAAGGGAUUUUUCGUUUUGUUAGACUACAUAUGCUCAGCCAAGGACCGCGGCAACCACACCUAUUUUUGUUUAACGUUCGAGGUGUCUGUUAGCCGGCGGAAGACCUCUGCGACCUGGCGACGCUACAAGGAGAUCAGCGAUCCUGUUAAAAACGCCGCCAACUAAGAUCACACGAUGAGGCCUGCUUGUUUCCUCAUAGCGAGCCUUCUCGCUCUUGCUGGCAUCUGCCAAGGCCAAACUUGCGGUCCACCGACUCCCGGAGACAACGCGAAUGUGCGCCCCGAAGACGCGAAGCCAACUUACGACGAUAAAGAAACGAUCACCUUGGUCUGUGAUGUUGGCUACACGAACCAAGGGGGGUCUCCGACCAUUACAUGCCAGGCUGGUGCUUGGAGCCCUGUGAACCUGCGUUGCGGAAGAAAAGAUUGUGGCAACCCCGGACAAGUGCCAAAUGGAGAAAUUCACAUCAAGACGGACACUUUGUUUGGUGACAGAGUCACGGUCACUUGCAACAUUGGUUAUUAUAUGAUUGGCCAAGAUGAACUGCUCUGUGGAGAUAAAGGAUGGCUGGGCCGGCUACCAGUAUGUGAAGUGGUGAAAUGUUUACAAGCACCAGCAGUUGAGAAUGCAUACCCUCCCUCUCCAGCUGACGACGUCUACACUUAUGGACAAGUUGUGAAAUACACAUGUCUAAAAGAUUACACUCUUAAUGGGUCCUCAUCACUAACAUGUUCAGAAGAUAAAAAGUUCAAGCCAGAUCCUCCAACAUGUAUAAAGGUUGUCUGUCCAUCUCUCGAUGUUCCAAAUGGAAGGUGGAUAGCGGGUGCUCGGCCCCCUUACGGUUACAAAGAUUUUGUCGAAUUCCAAUGUAAUAAUGGCUUUGUUAUGCAAGGAUCACCCAGCGUGCGAUGUGAACUUAACAGCAAGUGGUCACCUGAACCUCCAGUGUGCUCAAAGCUUCCAACUAAAGCUCCUACUACACCUAAAGCCCCUACUACCACUUCUUCUCCUCGCACUACUAAGAAAAUCCCAGAGACAGUAGGCGGCCCCGCUACGACCACUCCCCCAAAUAAUGGCGCUGAACCUUCUAAGUGGCAACCAUUGUGGUUAAUUGUGUUGCUCAUUAUAGUUGUCGUCGUAGUAACCAUCAUUGUCAUUAAAUACUUCAAGGACAGGAGCCGCUGUCGCAGUGGCUACUCAGGAAAUGUGGCCACAAAAGAGGAAGAGGGAGUUAUAACACUCUCGUAAAAAGCGGAGCUUUCCUGUUGACGGACCACUUUAAUCUGCUGUAGCCUUUCCAGGAAAUAUGGAUAUUACCACAUCAGCUGAUGAAUGUACCAGCCUUGUCAAAUUGCAUGUGGUUGGCACUGAAUGAAGUCUAGAAAAUCUAGAAAGGAUUACUCCAAGUUGAAAAGUCUGAUCAUCACAAACCUGGCAAGUUAUGAAAAACAUGCCCUGGUGCACGCUCAUACCUACACUUAGGCUCAAGAUGUGGCUUUCAUUGGAUUGUCAGUUGUUUGGCAAUCCAUAUCUUCUUUGCUUCACGCAAACGUAACAUUUUUCCCAUAAUCCAAUUCAGAUUCCUGAUUUGUUUGUGAUGUCUUCGAUUCUUGUCGCAGCUAUUUUCCCAUCAUAAUCGUAUGAGAAUGAAGGAUGUGAUGACAUUCUCGAGUUUCAAGUUUGUCAUGUAUGAAAGGACUUACACUGUUUCUCAUGAUGAUGAAGUGCUUGCACUUAUUGCAGAACCUUAGGGGCCUGAUUUUGUGAUCUAUAGGUGUGACCAAUUUUUGUGUUUGUUGUUAGUGUUUAUGCUGCCUUUGGAGGUCAGCAGUAUUAAAAUAAAUAAAUAGAUAGCUAGAUAGUGGCUGUUGGAUGGCAAUGAGCAAAAGGGCUGAUUGCAGAUUUCUGAGUGAUCACAUCUUGAGUGUAAUUCUUGGGGGGGAAAAAGUGAAUCUCAAGAUGACGUAAAUCUACAACACCAGUGUCAGAUAGCAUUAAUGCCAAAAUUGUGUUUUUUUUUUGUUGUUUCAUUUCAAUUGAAGUGUGUGACGUGCCGCUGAAAGUUUUUUUUUUUUUCCCCUUGUCGUUGGAUGGCAGGGAGGUGAUUGGGUGUAAAUGUGAAAGCCAUUGAUUCAGAUAAAGGGAGUUUAGCUCUAAUGCCAAGCCAGCGGUUCAGUUGGUAAUGAUUUGUGAUGAUCUGUAAUAUUUAUUAUAGUCACAUUAAAUUAUGUCCCACGUGAGUCUUACUUUCAUUAAAUCUCACUUUUAACAAUUUAAGACCACGAAGAAGAGAUGAGUGAUACUUUAUAAACAAGUUGUUUCAGGGUCAACAGUGUUGAAUGGUCUUUGCUGUUUCUUAGAAACAUUGCAUUUGCCUCUUAAGGCUUUUGGCCAGUUAGUAAUGUAUAUAAUUCAAAACAAUUGAUAUUCUGUAUGUGAAUUGGGUUGAGGCAUACUUGUAAAUUUGAAUUUGUGCUAGUUCUUUAUUAGGUCUUUGCAUAGCACUCACAAAUAAAACAAACAUAAACAA